GGCAGCUUUCGGCCACACUAACUUUACCUUAACCUAGAACCUUAGAAGCAACCGCCUAUCCUUAAAUCGCUGUCAUUAAAUCGCCGAACCUUAGAUUAUCAAGUAAACGAAUUCGAGUAGAACCAGCAAGAAAUCGCCCAAUAUGGAUCCUUACUCGGCAGAAGGCGAGUUAAUAAAUAUUCACAAUCAUUUCCACCAGGGCCAAUACCAAGAAGUCAUCGACUUUGACACGUCUGCUCUCUCCUCCGAAAAUGCACUACCUGCCCGAGUCCUCGCCCUCCGAGCUCGCAUUGCUCUGGGACAAGCAGAAGAAGCAAUCGCCGACGUUGAAGGAGAAUCGGAGCCUGCGCUAGCAGCAGUGCGCGCCUUAGCCGAGUACAGCCUGGGGAAGACGGAUGCGGCCGUUCAAACUAUCGAGGAGCUUGCCUCGUCAGCUAGCGAUAACCAGACGGUAGAAGUUCUUGGAGGAACGGUCUUGCAAGCUGCUGGCAAAUCAGAGGAGGCUCUCGCGCUCUUGUCACAACACUCUGGCAGCCUUGAUGCUGUCGCCUUGAUUACACAAAUCCAUCUCCAACAAAACAGGACCGAUUUAGCCCUUAAAGAGGUAGCUGCGGCUAGGCGGUGGGCGCAAGAUAGUCUACUUGUCAACUUAGCAGAGUCAUGGGUUGGCCUCCGAUUGGGAGGAGAUAAGUACCAGCAGGCAUUUUACGUAUUCGAAGAACUCGCACAAGCUCCCUCUACAUCCUCGAUCGUCUCCCUCGUCUCACAGGCAGUAUGCGAGUUACAUCUAGGCCGCGUUGAAGAAGCACAAAGUGCUCUCGAGCAAGCCGUGCAGAAGCAACCUGAAUACGCUGAAGCCAUUGCCAAUUUAUUGGUUUUGUCGAUCAUCACCGGCAAGGAUGCUUCCGCUGUUUCUGAGCUUACAAGUUCCUUAAAGAAAGCCGCCCCUGAACACACAUUCCUAGUCGAUCUCGAAGAAAAGAGCGAAUCGUUUGACAAGGCGGCCGCUAAGUUUAGUGCAAAGGCGUCAGCUUAAAAUAGGAAGGGCGGCUAAUAUGGGACUUGUCGAAUGUUGAUAUACUAGUAGACCUUGGAGACGAGGUAUAAAGAAAAGGCGAAAAUGCUUUGGUUACGAUACUCUAUGAACAUGAUGAAUACCUCAUAUUGCGUCGUCCUAAUAUUGGUUACGUGUCGUGGCCACUCCUAAUUGCGGGUUUAGAGAGGCACAAGUGAUAUUCAGCUCAGUCUAUGAUACAUCGAUCUCAAUAAUUAUAAUUAAUCUGGCGAUGUUUGGAGAUCUUUCCAGAUGAGAUACUCCGAUGUCCACAUUUAUUGAGAGUAACAUAACACAAAGCUAUUAGACUGUUUUUGUCACUAAAAUCUAGGGUAUUACAAAAGAGCAAAUAUCAGAAACCAACUCAAUUUAUGUGACAUCAUCUGUGUUCUGGAGCCGUGGUUUAUAAAUCAUAACGCUUACAUCCCAAGAAUUUGAGAUUAUUUAAAUGCACGAUGACGCUUCUCAGACUAUAAUAUGUGAAUGUGCCUUAAAAAUGGCAUUGCAGAAGAUAGGUAGAUAACUGCAUAUAACUGAUGCACAAAAGAAAAGGGGGGUAGUCGACCUAAGUUGACACGGUUACUGGGUGACAAUAUGUAG